UCAUUAUGAAAUUUGAAUCUGACAAGCUGUCACCUACGAUUCUUAAUAAUCAUUUCACAAAAAUAGGAUAAUUUCCUUUUAUGGGCAGUUUUUCUAAAAGGAUAUUAUCCAAAUUAGCCGAUAGUCGUAGUGUAACUUAUUUUGCCGCCAAAAUUUUUAGUUUUAAUUUUAAUUAUAAAGAAAAUUAUGGACGUAAAAAGAAUAAGAAAUCUGCGCGUAAUUUGAAAUGGACUGGAACUAUCAUUGGAAGUGCAUUAUUCGGUCUUGGUUUAACUUUUUUUAAACAUCACCAUGAGCCUCAUCAUAGAGCGGGAAUUUUUAAAAGUGGAUUACCGUCUUAUACAAAAGAAGAAGUUGCUAAACAUACCACAAAGCAAUCAAGGAUUUGGGUAAUGUACAAGGAAGGCGUCUACGACGUUACAGAUUACAUGGAAGAGCAUCCUGGAGGCGAAGACAUGAUUUUACAAGCAGCUGGACGUUCACUCGAACCAUUUUGGGCCAUAUAUUUGGGACACGAGGAUAAUGACGAAGUUAUUGAUAUUUUAGAAGCUUUGCGAAUAGGUAAUCUGGAUCUUAAACCUGGAGAACCAGUGUGCGAAUCGCCAGAAUUUAAAAAGAAUAGAUGCGAUUACUAUAAUGAUCCCGAGCGACAUGCUGUUAUACUAAAACCGUUGUGUAUGAAACCGUACAUUGCUGGACCUUCGCCUGAAAAAUUGAGAGAGAAUUUCAUGACCCCAAACAGUUACUGUUUCGUGCACAAUCACAUACCGGUGCCGAACGUGGACUUCAGUUCGUACAGAUUGACCGUAGAAAUUGACAGCGAACGUAAAAAAGCAUUUACUUUGAACGAAUUGAAAGAUAUGAAACAGCAAUGCGUGAAGGCCACUUUGCAGUGUGCGGCCAAUCGGAGUCUCGAAAUGUCUAAAGAGUUUGAAAGAUAUGUACAAGGACCAGCUUGGGAACAUAACGCUGCUUAUACAGCACAGUGGAAGGGGGUGUUGCUGCUUGACGUUUUAAAAGCAGCUGGAUACCGAGAAGGAGAUUGUCCCCAACAUAUUGAAUUUGAAAGUAUAGAAUGCCGGCAAGGAAAUUACAGCACUUCAGUACCGUUCUGCAGAGUAGAAGACGAGAGCAACAAAGUAAUAUUGGCGUACGAAAUGAACGGAGAGCCUCUAUCCAGAGAUCAUGGAUCGCCGUUAAGAGUUGUUAUUCCAGGAGUGGCUGGUACUCGUUGGGUGAAAUCACUCGAAAAAAUUUCAUUACAAGGUAAGGAAAGUAGAUCAUCGUGGCAUCAGCACCACUAUAAAAAGUUAGACUGCACAUUCGUUGGUCCGGAAGUAAAUGAAAUAAUAGUAGAAUCCGCACCGGCCGUUGAAGAAUUGCCGGUAAAUUCUGCUAUUUGUAAACCAGCCGAUGGAGAGGAUGUCCAUACUAUAGGUGGGAAAGUCGAAGUAAAAGGUUAUGCCUUGUCUGGCGGCGGCCAAAAAAUUACGACAGUAGAAGUGUCUGGAGACGAAGGAAAAACUUGGGUACCGGCAAAAAUUACACACACCGACACCUGUUGUCCGCCUUAUCAUUUCACCUGGGCCUUUUGGACAGCGGACGUUCCCGUCCAAAAAGGAAGAAAAUUCUUACAUAUUUGGGCUAAAGCGACAGACUCUGCAAAUAAUACUCAACCAGAGAAAUGGAAAUGGAACUAUUGCGGUGUGGCUUGUAAUGCCAUACAUAAAAUAAGAGUUUUUGUAUUACAAUAAAAAUUAAAUAAAAUUAAAA